AUGAGUCUGACUACCUCUGAGUUCCUCAGCUGCACCCCGUACCCGGCGACGGUUACGGACACGGUGACCAGCACCUUCACCACCACCUACUGCUACACUGGGCCUGCUGCCUGCCCUACCAGCGCAUGGAUGGCCACGUACACCAUCGUUGAGAUCUGCACGGGUAACCGGGCCACCUGGACCCCUCCUGCGAUCCCGCCAAACUUCGUCCAGACGACUGUCGUCUGCGAUGUUUGCGCCACUCCCACCCAGACCAUCUACUGCCCGACCAGCACGCCCGUCCCCACCGGCGUCGCCACCGGUGUCCUCACCGUCGGCGGCAACGGUGUCACCGCCUCCACCGGCGUCGUCGUCGCACCGCCCACCGGCAAGCCCGUGGUCGUCACUGCCGGCGCUCCUUCCCUCAAGAAGGGCCUGGCCGUCAUCGGCUCGCUGGCUCUCAUCGCCGGCCAGAUGCUCCUGUAA